AAAAAGGGAGUUUAGUGGAUCUCACUGCGCAUUCAACAGACUAGGGAAGUAUUUCUUGGCAUUCAAGGUAGGACUGAGUGUGAAGGUGCCCAAAUCGAUUGGGGUUAGGUUUAGAAAUUUUCUUCCCUCUCAACAAUCACGAGGUUCAACCAUGGCUACGGCGUUGCGGUCAAUAGCUCGCGGUCUCAGGACCAAAAACAGUUUGUUCUCAUCAAUGUACACUCCGGUGUCUACUUUGCAUUCUCAUGCCACCAGUUUCGGGUUUAAGGAGGUACCGGAAGAAGAAAAGAGCAAAUUGGUCGGAAAUGUAUUUUCCAGUGUUGCUUCAAACUAUGAUCUCAUGAAUGAUUUGAUGAGUGGAGGACUACAUAGGCUAUGGAAGGACCAAUUGAUAUCAAAGUUGAAUCCUUUUCCUGGAAUGAAGCAUCUUGACGUGGCUGGUGGGACAGGGGAUGUUGCAUUCAGGAUUCUGGAAACUAUCAAAAGUGUAAAACGCAGAGCCUUACAAGAUAUUCUUGAUGAUAAUGUGAUUGAGGAAACCCAAAUUUAUGUCUGUGACAUCAAUCCAAACAUGUUAAAUGUUGGUAAGAAGCGGGCUCAGGAAAGAGGUUUUGGAGAGGACAAAUCCCUCAUUUGGAUGGAGGGAGAUGCAGAAGCCUUGAAAUUUGAAAACAGUUCCAUGGAUGGUUACACAAUUGCCUUUGGGAUUAGGAAUGUCACACAUAUAGAAAAGGUUCUUGCUGAAGCUUAUAGGGUGCUCAAGCCGGGAGGAAGAUUCCUUUGCCUUGAACUGAGUCAUGUUGAUAUCCCGAUUUUUAAAGAUCUGUAUGAUUUAUAUUCAUUCUCAGUCAUCCCAGCAGUCGGUGAGAUGGUGACUGGUGAUCGUCACUCUUAUCAGUACUUGGUUGAGAGUAUUCGCCGUUUCCCUCCACAGGAGAAGUUCGCUGCAAUGAUUGCAGAAGCUGGGUUCCAAAAUGUAGGAUACGAAAAUCUUGUAGGAGGAGUUGUUGCAAUCCAUUCUGGGUUCAAGUUUUGAAAUAACUCUAGAAGAUUAGUCAUAGAAGAUCAAGUUUUAGGGUUCCAAAUUAUGGUAGGUUUGUGAUGAUUACUCCAAGAAGUGCAACUCUCCAUUAUGAAACUUGUGAUGGGAAAAACAUUCUCCAAAAUUUGAUUAUUACAUGAGUAAAUAAGAGUGUAAUACAUUCAUUCUUUUGCACAUCAAUCCUACUCCCACUUACUUGCGACUCU